GUCCACGGGGUCAUGCCAGCUGCAGAGACGCGGCGCGCCAGGGGAAAUGGUGCUGAGGUGAGGACGCCUGGAAAGGACUGCGUUCCCAACCAGGAGAAGGCUUUCCACAGCUUUCACAGAGACAACAGUCAAACCACUGCAGGAAGGGAGACCUUCCACCACCACCAUGAAGGAAACCACUGAAAAUCUCUCUCUGGACAAUGCCAGCURCAGCCAGGUGACGUGCGAGGGCUCGACAACCAAGACCCAGGAUACUAUUUUUCACUCUGAAGAAGAUAACAGUCUGUAUUUCACAUACAGUGGAAAAUCAAAUGUUCUGGAGAUCAAAGAACUCAAUUACCAGGUUAACACAGCAUCCCAGAUUCCCUGGUAUGAGAACCUUGCUCAGAUGAAAAUGCCCUGGACCUGGAAAUCGGAUCCCCGUUCCCAGGUGUCAAUAAUCCAAAAUCUGAAUCUAAAAGUUCAAAGUGGUCAGAUGCUGGCAAUUAUAGGAAGCACGGCUGGUGGAAAGACAUCCUUGCUUGACGUGAUAACCUGCCGGGAUCAUGGAGGCAAAAUCAAGUCUGGUAAAAUCAUGAUCAACAACAAACCCAGCACGCCCCAGCUUGUGAGGAAAUGCAUAGCACACGUGCGGCAGGAUGACCGACUGCUCCCCCACCUGACUGUCAGAGAAACACUAUUGUUCGUUGCCAAACUGCGUCUUCCAAAGUUUUUUUCAGACUCUCAAAGGAAAAAAAGGGUGGAAGAUGUGAUAGCRGAGCUGCGCCUGCGGCAGUGUGCCAACACCAGGGUGGGGAACGAGUUCCUGCGGGGCGUUUCGGGGGGAGAGAGGCGCAGGGUGAGCAUCGGCGUGCAGCUGCUCUGGAACCCAGGAAUCCUCAUACUUGAUGAACCCACAUCUGGACUGGACAGUUUUACAGCACAUAACCUUGUGAUAACAUUAUCCAGACUGGCCAAAGGAAACAGAUUGGUUCUUCUUUCACUUCACCAGCCCCGCUCAGAUAUCUUCCAACUGUUUGAUUUGGUUCUUCUGAUGAGUUCUGGACUCACUGCCUACUGUGGGACAGCUAAAGACAUGGUCCAGUAUUUCACAGAACUAGGCUAUCCCUGCCCAAGGUACAGCAAUCCUGCAGAUUUCUAUGUUGAUUUGACCACUGUCGAUAAACAGACUCCAGAAAAGGAGAUGGAAACCCAAAAAAGAGCAARCACCCUUGCCAACUUGUUCAUAGAAAAAGUCAAACAUUUUGAUGAUUUCUUAUGGAAAGUUACUGAAGAAGACAAUGCUGAGACCACAGUCAACAAGCASAGGUCCCAUUUAAAUUCAGAACAGGCUAUCAAUAUGCCUCASCAUUCAAGUGAUCAGUUACCAGGAGCCUUAAAGCAGUUCACUAUAUUAUUAAGUCGUCAAGUCUCCAAUGACUUCAGAGAUCUUUCAACAUUAUUAAUCCAUGGAUUUGAAGCCCUUCUUAUGUCAUUAUUAAUUGGAUUUUUGUACUAUGGCCAUGAAAAAAACGGACUGUCUGUUCGUGACACAACAGCACUACUGUACAUGUUAGGUGCCCUAGUCCCAUUCACAAUAAUUUUGGAUGUUAUUGCCAAAUGUCAUUCAGAAAGAGCAAUGCUUUAUCAUGACUUGGAAGGUGGAAUGUAYUCUGUUAGCCCAUACUUCUUUGCUAAGAUUUUGGGGGAGCUCCCAGAACACUGUGCUUUUGUUAUAAUUUAUGGGGUUCCCAUCUAUUGGCUGGCAAACCUUGUUCCUGAGCCAGAACAUUUCCUGCUGAACUUCCUGUCAGUGUGGCUGGCUGUGUACAGUGCCCGUGCCAUGGCACUUUGGGUGGCAGCUCUGCUGCCRACGUUACAGCUCUCAGCCUUCUUUGGCAAUGUCCUCUUCACAUCAUUCUACCUGAGUGGUGGUUUUGUGAUAAGCCUGGACAGCCUCUGGACAGUUCCCUUGUGGCUUUCCAAAAUCUCUUUUCUCAGAUGGAAUUUUCAAGGAAUGAUGCAAAUUCAGUUCACUGACACCACAUAUGAAAUCAGUGUUGGGAACACUACUUUUCAAGUACCAGGGAAACUUAUCACUCAGGCUCUGGACCUGGACUCCCACCCACUCUAUGUGAGCUACCUCGUCCUCGCUGGCAUCAUUUKCAGCUUCCUGCUUUUAUACUAUUUGUCCCUGCGCUUUAUCAAGCAGAAAUCCACCCAAGACUGGUAAGAGCAGAGGCGGCAGCAGGUGACCGCCUCCCCUGCAGGACGGCAGAAGGAUGGCGGUGUGGGUGCCCCGGCAGCCGCCAGGAGCAGCGCAGGAGGCGGGGAGCGGCGGCACCGGCAGCCCGGCUGCCACAGGAUGGCAGCAGAGCCCCAGGAGUGGGGAUGCGGCGGGAGCUGCCACGGACCGGGGCUGCAGCCUGGGAUUGGGGUCGGGGGUGGGCUUGGGGCUUUUUGUUUGCUUCACAUACGGUUCUCAUGAGUGACAAAGCGCUURUGAGUUCUGCACCUCUGGAAAUAGUCUGAACUAUGGGCCAGCGCUAUAAAAGGACCCAUUGCACUUUGUAGUAAUAGCUGAUGUUUUAGUCCGUGAUGUUUGAACAUACARUGAUCACGUACUUAAUUCAGAGGGCUACAAGAGAACAGGAUCAAAUCACUACUUUGUGUGGCAUGUAUGACAUUUAACAUAUUAAGAACAGCGCAGAGGAGAGGAACACAAAAGAUUCCACAAGUGCUUCAGGAGAACAUGCAAGGAGGGAAAAUACAAUUGUUAACUACUCUGGGUUCUUUCUAAUUGCUUAUGUGUUUUAAAGCUUUACUUCUGUGUUUGAAGCUUUGCCUUUGUGUUCCAGUAAUAUGCUGAUGAUGCCCAAAAUAGGUACUUGCUCAUUGUAGAGAUGAUACAUUGUAAAAAAUAAAAUUAUCUCACCUUCUUGGAUUUAUUUUUACAAUA